AUGUCCGGCCCCACCUCCUUGACCACAACCCACCCACUAGCCCAGCCCACCUCAGCCGCAGUGGCAGCAGCAGCAGCAGCCCCGCCCUCGGGGCUCGAAACGGAUGACGUAUCAGUUGCGCCGGCCCUCGACGAGGCAGAUGCCGAGACGCUCCAAGAGGCGCCCACCAGCAGUGUGUUGGUAGGAGAUAGGGACGAGGGGGAUGUGCAAAAGGUGGCAGAAGGGGCAGAGGGGAAGGGGGCUGUACCGCCUGGGUUGGGAGUCGACCAGGGGAGGUGA